AGUAUUGGGGAGUAUCCACCAGGAAAAAAGCCUGUAUUGACCAGAGGAUGGCUGGAGACAAAUGUGACCUAUUUUCAGAUUGAAUAGUUUUAUUGGGGUGGAGGUCUCAAACUGAAUUCCCACGGACUUAAUGGAAGUAGACAGCUGCAUAGAGAAGAGGUUACACCAUGGCUCCUUCCUGAGAGAAGCAGUAAGGUAUGCUUGGCAGUGACAAUGGGCUAUUUAUUUGCAUCAGAUACUCGUAUAUGAAAAGAUCGCACUUCCAAAGAGCUUAAAUAUUAUAUCAUCUUCUGAAACAGAAUGGCAGGCUUCAAGCGAGGAUACGAUGGAAAAAUUGCAGGAUUGUAUGACUUGGAUAAAACUUUGGGCAGAGGCCAUUUUGCUGUGGUCAAACUUGCUCGUCAUGUCUUUACAGGUGAAAAAGUAGCAGUAAAAGUAAUUGACAAGACCAAACUAGACACUUUAGCCACUGGACAUCUUUUUCAAGAGGUUAGAUGCAUGAAACUAGUGCAACAUCCCAAUAUAGUACGGCUGUAUGAAGUGAUUGAUACCCAGACUAAGCUAUAUCUUAUCUUAGAGCUAGGUGAUGGAGGAGAUAUGUUCGAUUACAUCAUGAAACAUGAAGAAGGUUUGAAUGAGGAUCUGGCAAAAAAAUAUUUUGCUCAAAUAGUUCAUGCUAUAUCCUACUGCCAUAAACUGCACGUAGUUCACAGAGACUUAAAGCCAGAGAAUGUGGUCUUCUUUGAAAAACAAGGACUUGUGAAAUUGACUGAUUUUGGAUUCAGCAAUAAAUUUCAGCCUGGAAAGAAGCUCACCACAAGCUGUGGAUCUCUUGCAUAUUCUGCUCCUGAAAUUUUACUUGGGGAUGAAUACGAUGCACCAGCAGUGGAUAUAUGGAGUUUGGGGGUCAUCCUCUUUAUGCUGGUUUGCGGACAACCACCAUUUCAAGAAGCAAAUGACAGUGAAACUCUGACUAUGAUAAUGGACUGCAAAUACACAGUGCCACCUCAUGUGUCCAAAGAAUGUAAAGAUCUAAUUACACGGAUGUUGCAGAGAGACCCAAAGCGAAGGGCAUCUUUAGAAGAGAUUGAAAACCAUGCGUGGCUCCAAGGAGUUGACCCUUCUCCUGCAACAAAGUACAAUAUUCCUCUUGUGUCAUAUAAAAAUCUCUCUGAAGAGGAACACAACAGUAUAAUACAACGUAUGGUCCUUGGGGAUAUAGCAGACCGAGAUACAAUAGUGGAGGCAUUGGAAACUAACAAAUACAAUCACAUCACUGCUACUUACUUCUUACUAGCUGAAAGGAUUCUGCGAGAAAAACAAGAGAAAGAAAUUCAGACCAGAUCUGCAAGCCCCAGCAACAUCAAAGCUCAGUUCAGGCAAUCAUGGCCAACAAAAAUUGAUGUACCUCAGGAUCUGGAGGAUGACCUUACAGCUUCUCCUCUCUCCCAUGCCACUGUUCCUCAGUCACCAGCUCGCAUGGCUGAGAGUGUUCUCAACGGCCACAGGAGCAAGACCCUUGGUGAUUCAGCAAAGAAGGAGGACAUCCCCGAGUUAGCUGGGCCAGCACUUUCAGCAGUCCCAUCUGUGAGCUUAAAACCCACCACAAGUGGCCGGAAGUGCUUGUUCAGAGUAGAAGAGGAUGAAGAGGAGGAUGAAGAAGAUAAGAAACCUAUUUCUCUUUCUACUCAAGUUGUUCUGCGCCGUAAGCCUUCAGUCACAAACCGACUUACUUCAAGAAAGAGUGCACCAGUCCUCAAUCAGAUCUUUGAGGAGGGUGAGUCAGAUGAUGAGUUUGACAUGGAUGAGAACUUGCCACCAAAGCUCAGCAGGUUAAAAAUGAAUAUUGCUUCACCGAGCACAGUGCAUAAACGCUAUCACAGGAGGAAAAGCCAGGGCCGGGGCUCUAGCUGCAGUAGCUCAGAAACAAGCGAUGAUGACUCGGAAAGCAGGAGACGCCUAGACAAAGAUAGUGGGUUUACUUAUUCCUGGCACAGGCGGGAUAGUAGUGAAGGGCCACCCGGCAGCCAGGGAGAUGGAGGUGGACAAAGCAAACCAAGUAAUGCAAAUGGAGGAGUAGACAAAACAAGCCCAAGUGAUAACAACAAGGGUGGGGGGAGCCCCUCUGGUAGUUCUGGCGGUGGCACCAACACUUCAGGUUCCACUCGGCGAUGUGCUGGAUCUGGAAACUCCCUGCAGCUGUCGUCUAGAAGUGCAGGGGAACUGGUUGAAAGCCUGAAGUUUAUGAGCCUUUGCCUAGGCUCACAGAUUCACGGCAGCACCAAAUACAUUAUCGAUCCUCAAAACAAUCUGUCCUUUUCCAGUGUAAAAGUACAAGAGAAAUCAACAUGGAAAAUGUGUAUAAGCUCCAGCGGAAGUGCAAGCCAGGCUUCGUCCCUGGGCAGCCUGAAAUUUUUUUCUGACCAAAUGUCAGUCACAGCAAACAAAUUUGAACGGAUAAAGAAUAGGAACUUGAAAAACAGUGUGCUACAACUACCUCUCUGUGAAAAGAUGAUAUCUGUGAAUAUUCAGCGUAACCCAAAGGAGGGGCUUCUCUGUACCUCCAGUCAAACCAGUUGUUGUCAUGUCAUUUGAUGAUGACCUGAUUUUAGUAGCUUGAUCUAUUUGACAGCAUCAAUCUUCCUGUUCAGAGCAGUGAACACCUUGUCACGGACCCCCUUUUGUUGUCUUAAAAGAUUUUUAAGUGAGCUUUGAGCAGUUAUUUAUUACACUUUUAAUUUUGUGUUCGCUUGAUGGUAUGACAGUGCAUGGUCUUUGCAUGCUGCUAGCAGAUCUGUUUUUCUUUUUAAACAAAACAAUAUUUUAUUGUGUACUUUUUACAUUUAUAAUUUUACUAUGAAAGAUCUGGAUUAAAUUAAUAUAAGUAUCUGGAUCCUAAUGUAAAUGGAGCACUUAGAAGUUUCCUGUUCUGCACUUAAAUUAGAGAGAGAAGCUUUUGUUUGCUUGUGAAAUGUUAAUUCUUGUUCUGACCUUCUAUGAUAACUAAAAUAUGUGAUAUGUGGCAUACUUCCAUGUGUCUGAAACAGAACCAAAGCAAUAAUGUUUUGAUGCUGAAAACUCUUCAGGGAGCUUUCAGAUGUUCCAAGGCUUGUACAAAGCAAAGGUGCACUGAAAAUUAGUGAUCUUGAUGAUAAUUUUAAACCCACACCUAUUUGUCUUAAGCUAUGAUAUGGAUGAAGUUGUGGCUCAAAAAUCAAAUGGAAAAGAUCUUUUUUUGCUAGAGGUAGUUUUCUUUCUUUCUUUAAAAAAGCAAGUAGAUUUGUAAGGCAGCUUUCUUCCAUAGAAAUGUGUUAAUAUUGUAAGCAGACAAUCUUCUUUUUUAAUAGAACAAAGGUAAACUAUUAAGUCUACUUCUGAGUUUUUACAUUCUAACUGAAAAUAAAAGUAUUUGUAUGAAUUACUUUUGUUAUUAGUAUAUCAUGACACUUAGUAUUUUAGGGGUUUACCCUUGUAGACCUUUUCCCUUGUCCUCUCCUCCUCUCCCUGUUAUUUCAAGAGGCAAUAAGGGAUGGAAAACCUUUUGGGUAACUGGAUUCAGACUGAAGUUGUUCUUGUAAUUACAUAUUUCUCAUUAUUACUCUUUUUAAGACUUAAGAUACUGCUGUUCCCCACAUGUGCCCUACUUAUUUUCCCUCAGUAAUAAUGCUUUUCAUACAGUCAGUUUAAAAUAGCAUAUAGGAAAGUAUUUAUUUUGCAGCAAUUAACCUUUCUGUUGGGUUUCCCAUUGCCAUGCCAUGGUCUUGACUUAGAGUAUUUCUGCACAAAAGGAGACUUGACCAGAUGAACUAACUUUGUGGAAUUUUAUUAUUUAGAAUAAAAUAUAUUGCAGUUUUCUAGUUUUGGGAAGGGCAGGAAUGUUUUAUUUUUUUCACGCUGUGCACUAGGUCUUCUAAGCAAUGCCGGUGAGACCUAGUGGUAGUUAUGUAGCAGUGCCCUGGGCAGAUGCUGGGUGUCUUGAGAGGAGCUGAUGGUGUUAAGCAUCCCCUAAUGCUUGCGGAGUGGUCAGAUAUGAGGCCUUUCACAUCCACUGCAGAGCAAGUGGAGCACCAGAGAGCAGCCUCACGCCUGGUCAUAGGUUCAACAGUUCUUGUUGAUCAGUAAGAGACUUUACUGAGGGAGCAUGAACAGUGUGGAGUGCUCUGACCCUCACUGGGGAUUUUAUGUUCUGCUUCCUAAGCAAGGCAAGGACAAGUGUUUUACUCCUUUCUGUUUUGAACUGCACUUGCAGUUUAGUCAGCAUGACACUUGUUAGAAAUUAAAAGCUACAAGGAUAGAUGUGUGGGUGAAGCCAUAGAACACGUUUGCUUGACAUUUUUGAGUAGGGGUCUUACCAAGGGCCAGAAAUGCGAUGUGUGGUUCACAGACAGUGAGUGUAACAUCCGAGUAGGAGAUAAGUUUAUAAAGGGCAUUGGCAAUAAACUUAUUUGUUGCAGCUUUUUUCCAAGUAUUGUAAAUACACUUUCCUGAUAUUAUGUACAGCCUUGGAAUGGCACCUGUUAACUAACCCCAGGUGUAUUUUGUUUCCAGUGUUUUUAUAUACAACUGUAUAUAUGGUGCUCAUUUUGGAACAGCUGUGUUGACCAUUUAUGCUGCAUAGUUGUAUCAUACAUAACCUUAGAGUUGUGUGUGGCUGGUUGAACCUUUGGGUGUACAAAUGUUAGUCUGAGUGGUGUCCUUUACCCAUUUGUUGACAGGUGAAUGAUUGUGCAUGUGGUGUAUGUUGUGUUAUGUUGUCACGUAAGAGGAAGGGCAAGAAUAAGCACUACAGUAAAGAUAAUAUUGGACCAAACUAUUUAGAGCAAGUAAACAGUUUCUUGUACCCCUUAAUGUGUCUUUAAAAGUUGCAUAUAGUUAUAGUAGUGUAUAAAUUAAAUAUUGUGGAAAAACAGUCUUGUAUUUUUCUGUAUGUGUGUAUAUAAAUAUAUAUAUUAAAAAUAAUGUACCUCUAGCAACUUAAUCUGUAUUUAAGACGUGACAAUCUUGACACAGUUUUAAGAAUUUAGCAGUCUAAAUAAGGAGAAUCAAUGAACAGAAAUAGAAAAAAAAUCCUCACCAAGAAAGAAUCUGUGUGUUAAGAGGGUACAGAAGUAUCACCUGAUCUGAUUGCUUCCAGCAGUGUUUAGCUUCGUUGUUGUAUAAGCACUCACAGUGUGCGACAGAGAUGGAAAAUCUGGUUAAUAAAAGCUGUAUCUUGAUUGAUGCUUAA